AUGAACGGUCAUGCGAACGGCAAUACAGAGUCGCGCAUCGACGUCGCGAUCAUCGGAGCGGGACUCUCUGGUGUAAAUGCCGCUUACCGCCUACAAGACACUUGCCCUGAAUACAGCUACACUCUUUUUGAAGCUCGCAACGAUGUCGGCGGGACUUGGGAUUUCUUCAAAUAUCCCGGUCUUCGUUCCGACUCGGAUCUCUACACUUUCGGUUUCCAAUUCAAUCCCUGGCCACACAACAACCCGAUUGCGGAGGGCCACCUGAUUAAGUCCUACAUUCGCGACACCGCAGAGAAGUUCGGGAUCGACAAGAACAUUCGAUUCGGUCACCGUUUGACCUCAGCGGACUGGUCUAGCGCAGAAAACACCUGGAAACUGAAUAUUGAACACAAUGGCCACUCCAAGACCGUCACAGCACGGUUUAUCCUCUUUGGAUCAGGCUACUACAACUACAACGAACCCAUGGAAACCAAAAUCCCCGGUCUAGAGAACUUCCAAGGCAAAGUCGUGCACCCACAAUUCUGGCCCGAAGACCUCGACUACGCGAACAAAAAGGUAGUCAUCAUCGGCUCCGGCGCAACAGCAAUAACCUUGCUCCCCAAUCUCGCCAAAACAGCAGAGCGAGUAACCAUGCUUCAACGGAGUCCAUCCUAUAUCCUCCCCCUCCCAAACAACAGCAACAGCCUACUCCUCUGGUGGCUCGUUCCACUCUCUUGGAUCCUCUCAAAGAAGACAAUUGCCAGAAUCCAACGUAUGGCCUGGAUUCUAAUAGCCCGCACCUUUUUCCUUCUCUGUAACAAGUUCCCCAAAAUCUCCGCGUGGAUCCUACGGUUGCGCUCAAGCUUCUACCUACCGAAACACAUCCCCAUCGACCCUCAUUUCAAACCCCGCUACAAUCCCUGGGAACAGCGAAUCUGCGUCUCACCUGAUGGCGACUUCUACCGCUGCCUACGUCAGGGUAAAGCCGAUAUCCGCACCGACACAAUCAAAACAGUGACGAAGAAAGGAAUCAACAUCAAUUCGGGCGAGACUCUCGAAGCAGACAUCAUCAUCACCGCCACGGGUCUGAAACUUCUCAUUGCGGGCGGGGCUGUGCUCCGCGUAGAUGGAAAACAAAUCGAGAUCGGCAAGAAGUACCUCUGGAACGGAGUUAUGCUUGAGGAUCUCCCCAACGCCUCCUUCAUCAUCGGAUACACCAAUGCUUCAUGGACAUUGGGCUCCGACGCGACCGCGCAAUUCGUCUGCCGCUUACUCAAAUCUCUCGAGAAGCGGAAGCUCGUUGCCGCCACUCCUCGCAUGAAGCCUGAGCUGGCAAAACAAAUCAAGAACCUACCCUUACUGAACCUCAACUCUACCUACGUCACUACGGCUGAGUCUGCGAUUCCCUUAGCUGCGGAUCGGGGCCCUUGGCAACCACGCGAUCACUAUCUGAAGGAUAUCAAGUUCGCCACCAAGGGUAAUCUGGAUGAUGGGAUGGAAUAUGUUCAGGGGCCGAAUUUGCAUCUUCGCCCGAAGAUUGCCUGA